GGAUGAGUGUAUGAACAAGGGAGUGAGAUAGAGAAAGGGAGAGAGAGAGAUAAUGCCUUCUGAAUGCAUGAUGAAUUUAGUCAUCAGGCUUAGGCUGACUGGGGGCCGAUCGUAGCUGUGCAGUGCGCAGAGCAAGCGAGCGAACAAGCGUGCGUGUGAGUGAGUGUAUGCGAGACCUUGCUCACAGGCACUCCAUCAUCAGCUAUACCCUGCAGCCUCUCUCACUCUCUUAUCCUCCUCCUGAAGAGAGAGAGAGAAAGAGAGAAUCACGCAACACGCCAGAAAGAAGAAGUGGAGAAGAUUUUAAAAACUCUCUCCUCUCUGCACUGCUCUUUUGCUGAGCGUGAGAGGGAAGGGAAGAGGGAGAGAGAGGGAGGCAGUGAGCUACAGAAAUAAAACUGUGCUUCUUGUCGUCCGUGCUGCUUUCUCUGCUGUGGCUCCAGCCCACAGAGCUCUGAUUGCCAGUGCUAGAGCAGUAGCAGUGUCUCUCUCUCUGCAGACUGCAGCCUGAGGAAGAGAGGAUGCUUAAUAACAUGACAGACACCGAGGAGGGAGAGGGGGGACCCAACAGCCAGGGCGAUGGGAACCCCAAGGAGAGCAGUCCCUUCAUCAACAGCAGCAGUGCCAGCGACGUGGAGAAGAGCCAGCAGUACGAUGGCAAGAACAUGGCCCUGUUUGAGGAGGAGAUGGACAACAGUCCUAUGGUGUCGUCCAUACUUAGCAGUCUGGCCAACUAUUCCAACCUGCCUCAGGGCAGCAAAGAGCACGAGGAGGCCGAGAACGAGGAGGGGGCGGCACCAUCCAAAAAAAAACCUGCUGUCAAGGCACCAUCACUGGGCACUCUGAUGGGGGUGUACCUACCCUGCAUCCAGAAUAUCUUUGGUGUGAUCCUGUUCCUGCGGAUGACCUGGAUGGUGGGCAUCGGAGGGGUCUUUGGCUCCUUCAUCAUAGUCUUCAUGUGCUGCUCCACGACCAUGCUGACAGCGAUAUCCAUGAGUGCCAUCGCAACGAAUGGAGUGGUGCCAGCCGGAGGCUCCUACUACAUGAUCUCCCGUUCCCUGGGGCCUGAGUUUGGCGGAGCUGUCGGAAUCUGCUUCUAUUUGGGGACUACUUUUGCGGGUGCCAUGUACAUCCUUGGUGCCAUCGAACUUCUGCUGAUUUACAUCCUUCCCCAGGCGGCCAUUUUUAAGAUGGAGGGUCUGGAAGGGGCUGAUAUGGAGGCAGCGAUGCUGAACAACAUGCGCGUGUACGGCACCAUUGUGCUCAGUUUCAUGGCCACGGUGGUGUUUGUGGGGGUCAAAUAUGUCAACAAGCUGGCUCUGGUCUUCCUAGCGUGCGUUAUUCUGUCCAUCCUGGCUGUUUAUGCUGGGGUCAUCAAGACGGCCUUUGAACCCCCUGUUUUCCCCGUGUGCAUCCUGGGGAACCGCACUCUGAUCUCCAAGGGAUUUGACGUGUGUGCCAAGGUCAUUGAGAGGGACAACGGCACGGUCACCACCAAGCUGUGGAAGAUUUUCUGCGACUCGGAGUUCCUCAACGCUACCUGUGAUGAGUACUUUGCCAACAACAAUGUUUCUGAGAUCCAGGGCAUCCCAGGGGUUAGCAGUGGUAUACUGGCUGAGAACCUGUUUGGUUACUACCUGGAGAAGGGAGACUUCUUGGAGAAGCGGGGAAUCUCAGCCAUGCAGGACCCUGAUGCUCCCAUCACCAACUCCAACCGUUAUGUCCUGGCUGACAUCACCAGCUUCUUCACCCUGCUGGUGGGGAUCUAUUUCCCCUCUGUCACAGGCAUCAUGGCUGGCUCUAACCGCUCUGGAGACCUGCGUGAUGCCCAGAAGUCCAUCCCCAUAGGCACCAUAGCAGCCAUCACCACUACUUCUAUAGUGUACAUGUCUGCCGUGGUCCUGUUUGGGGCCUGCAUUGAAGGGGUGGUCCUGAGGGACAAGUUUGGUGAGGGGGUGGAUGGUAACCUUGUAAUUGGUACUCUGGCGUGGCCUUCACCAUGGGUGAUCGUGAUUGGCUCCUUCUUCUCCACCUGUGGGGCAGGGCUUCAGAGUUUGACUGGAGCGCCACGCCUCCUGCAGGCCAUCUCCCGCGAUAGCGUAAUCCCUUUCCUUAAAGUUUUUGGGCAUGGCAAGGCCAACGGAGAGCCUACCUGGGCCCUACUCCUCACAGCCAGUAUCUGUGAGAUCGGCAUCAUCAUCGCCUCUCUGGACGCUGUUGCCCCCAUCCUCUCCAUGUUCUUCUUGAUGUGCUACAUGUUUGUCAACCUGGCCUGUGCCCUGCAAACUCUGCUGAGAACCCCCAACUGGAGGCCUCGCUUCAAGUUCUACCACUGGGCUCUCUCCUUCCUGGGCAUGAGCUUGUGUCUGUCGCUCAUGUUUAUCUGUUCCUGGUACUACGCCAUUGUUGCCAUGGUGAUUGCUACCUGCAUCUACAAAUACAUUGAGUUCGCUGGGGCAGAGAAGGAGUGGGGAGAUGGUAUACGUGGCAUCUCACUCAGCGCUGCUCGCUUUGCCCUCAUGAGGCUGGAGGAGGGACCGCCUCACACCAAGAACUGGAGGCCUCAGAUUAUGGUUCUGGUGAGCAUGGAUUCAGAACAGAAUGUGGAGCAGCCCCGUCUGCUGUCCCUGACCAAUCAGCUGAAAGCAGGAAAAGGUCUUACCAUCGUGGGUACCUCAGUGGUGGGCACCUUCCUCAACAACCAUGCAGAGGCCCAGAAGGCAGAUCAGUCUCUGAGGAAGCUGAUGGAGACAGAGAAGGUGAAGGGUUUCUCCCAGGUGGUGAUCUCCUCCAACCUGAGGGAUGGGACCUCCCACCUGAUCCAGGUCGGGGGGCUGGGAGGCCUGAAGCACAACACUGUGCUGGUCAGCUGGCCACGCACCUGGAAACAGGCAGAGGACAACCUGCGGUUCAGGAACUUCAUCGAGGUGGUUAGGGAGACGACUGCAGCAAGCAUGGCUCUGCUGGUCCCUAAAAACAUCGCUGCCUACCCGUCGAACGGAGAACGCUUCACUGAAGGCCACAUUGACGUGUGGUGGAUCGUCCAUGAUGGAGGCAUGCUGAUGCUGCUGCCCUUCCUUCUCCGCCAGCACAAGGUUUGGAGGAAGUGUAAGAUGCGCAUCUUCACCGUGGCCCAAAUGGACGACAACAGCAUCCAGAUGAAGAAAGACCUGAUCACCUUCCUGUAUCACCUGCGUAUCGAUGCCGAGGUCGAGGUGGUGGAAAUGCAUGACAGUGACAUCUCAGCCUAUACAUAUGAGAAGACCCUGGUGAUGGAGCAGCGCUCCCAGAUCCUCAAACAGAUGCACCUCACCAAAAAUGAGAUGGAGAGAGAAAUCCAGAGCAUCACGGAUUCAUCCCGUGGUUCUAUCCGUCGUAAGAACCCGUCUAACCUGCAGUCUCAGCAGAGCAGUGAGGAGCCGGCAGGAGUCAGCGUGGAGGAGAAACCAGAGGAGGAGUCUGUGGCUGUCUCCCGCCCUAAACAGGUGCAGCUGAUCCACAAUAAGAAUCCCACGUCCCCCACCACGCCCGCAGGGAGCGCUGCCACCCCCGGGUCGGAGGUGCAGAUGACCUGGACAGACAAGGCUGAGACCCAGGCUGCAGCAGGCCACCCAGAGCAGGGCGGGGUCAAAGACAUCUUCAACAUGAAGCCGGAGUGGGAGAGCCUGAACCAGUCCAACGUGAGGCGCAUGCACACAGCGCUGAGGCUCAAUGAGGUCAUCAUGAAGAAGUCCAAGGAGGCCAAGCUAGUGCUGCUCAACAUGCCUGGACCACCCAAGAACCGCAUGGGAGAGGAAAACUAUAUGGAGUUCCUGGAAGUCCUCACCGAGGGUCUCAACCGGGUCCUCCUAGUACGUGGUGGUGGACGCGAGGUCAUCACCAUCUACUCCUGAGAGACCUCAAAUCAAAUCCACACCCCUUCACCUUGCAUCUUAAUAGAUUAUGGCCCCUGCUUCCACUCCCCCUGCAUCUUUACUUCAGUCACAUCCCUCACAUCCCACCAACACCCCUCCCUACACACACACAUACCCACAUACACAUAAACCCGUCCCAAAACAUAUAAGCUCACUUUGUACUACGUAGUUAGUACCCCCCCCCCCCCCCUCAAAGGCACCAGCUCAAUUCUCCUUUACUCUCAAUCACCUCUACCAGCAUAAUGUCUGCUCAUCUCAUCAUCUAGAAAGCUGUGGUAUCAAACCUGUUUAGGUUCUUCAAUGGAUAUCAGAUCACUAGAUGUCAAAUGGCACAUGAGUUUCUUCUUAUACAGAGGAGUGGACAUAUUCAAAAAACAAAUUAUUCCCCAAACUAGAGGUCAGAUGUUUUUGUUGUGUUUGUCCUUGUGUUUUAUUUGAUCUGUCUGUCAAUCUUGUUGCUUUUCUUCUUAUUUUUGUAGGGAUGUGGGUUACUUGCAAGAGAAGGAUGGAUAUAUUCUCAUUGCUGGUCUAUUUCAUGUUCAUGUUUUUAAAUGUAUGCAUUCAUUUAUUUAGAGAAUACAGUUAUGUUUUUUUGUUGUGCAUUUGGUUGUUUUAUGUUAUGUACGAUAUGAUGUGUUGAAAUCAUUGAGGGAAGAGGGUGGGUCGAGAAUUCAUCAGUCAUCAGCAACAUGUCUUCCUAUGGGUUGUCACCUUGAGGACACCUGAGCAGCAGUGAAGUAUAUUACAGUCGGAAGGAAGGAGAGAGGAAUAGCGUUCAUACCAGUCAUUUCACAGGCGGAAAUGAAAUGUACUUAAUGAAUUGAAUACAUUUAAUUUGUCAUUGAAUUGACUCAGUUAUGAUGGUGUUGAUCACAACCCUGGCUUUUUAUACUGUGAUACUGUGAAGAAAACAGUACAAUGAGAUAUUUGAAGUUGCUAAGAGACACAUCAUGACCUCAACCUUUGACCCCCCCCCCCCCCCCCAAAAAAGCUGAUUACUGUAAAUAGUGUCCUUUGUCCAAUCAUUUCAUAUAUAUAUUAAUACUAGCUAUACCUAGAGAGUGCUGACAAGACUUUUAGGUGGCAUAAACUAUUGUUAUACCAGUGAUAGGACUGUAAGAAGAAACCGUGAAAAAUGUAUUGAUAUAACGUAGAUAAUAAUUGCAAGAAACUACUGUGUUAUAAUCUAAAACAAAAUUAUAUUUGUUUAAUACUAUCAUACCAAAUGGCAAACGUUUCAAUAUUUUACCAUGUAGUAGUUUACAUUAGAACAUGUGAAUUGCUAAUUUAGAGACACUCAGAAAACUAUGUUUGUGAUAUAUUUUUAGUAAAUACAUCUGUUUUUCUUCAUCAUGAUUUGGUUUACACUAAUUCCAGUCUAGAAAUGUGAAUUCUAUAAUUCUUGCCAAAUACAAACAUACAAAUUGUGCCAUAUGAAAAUAAAUAACUUUUUGAUACAAACCUCUUUGUAGUACCAAGGCAAAACUGUGUAUUGAAUUGACUAUGUGUAAGGUGGAAUUUAGCAGUGAAAUUACAACUGGUUUGAAUGGAUAGUUUUGAACCCAGCAUUACUGCGAAUCUUCACAACUUUGUACUAGAAUGGGAAGAAACAUAAUUUAUUUUCAAUGUGGCACAGCUAUUUAUUUGCUAAAUAUAAUAUUACUGUCAAUUCCUAAGUUCUGCAUAUUUACAAGGUCAUGUCUAAAGCAUCAACCCUGAAUUAAUACAUGAAUCAUAUUAAUUAUUUUUGUAAACAAAUAUUAUAUGGAAAUAGAUACAUAUGUGUACAUACAGACCUCAUAUUUGCAAGUAUUUCACACAUUAGUUUCUGUGCAGUGGAGGGCACUGUUUACCAUGUGGUAGAAACAUAUUAUAUGAAGUCUUAUCUAUAUAAAUAACUCUAUUCUUUUUUGUAUUAUAUUGUUUUCAAAAGAAAAUGAUUGAAUUGUAUUUAUUGAAUAGUUUAUGUAAAAAGUGGAUAUUUUGUGUGUGAUGUGCACUGUAUUUAUGUGAAGGAUAUCGUUUAUCUAACAUAUUAUGACAUUAUAGAGGUUCUAACAUUUCAAAAGCUGCUAUACUGAUCCAUGUGUAAAUAUUGAACCAAAAACAUAUGGGGGAGUAGAAAGGGCAUACAGGGUUGGGGUGACUUGAAUAGCAAGGCAGCUAGUCAGUGGUUUUCAACACUGUCCUUGAGGUUCAACAGUCAGCUACGUUUUGCUCCAACAAAUCACAUAGUCAAUGGAGUUGUUAACUGACUAUUGAUGUUGACAUGACGCUGUUUUUGUGAGAAAAAAAGAUAUAUACAAAAGGAUUCACAGCUGACAUUAGUCAACCAACAUCUCUACUGAGCAUUAUUUAGUUGGAGCAAAUGCAGCCUACUUGAGGACCAACAUUGACGAAUAUUACUCAAUAUUAAGUUUAGAUUGAAGACCUGAAACAAUCAUUUGAACUAGAUAUCUAAGGGCAGUUCUGAGGGCAGAUCAAAAAUAUAUCGAGUUUAUUUGAGAUAUAAAAUAUUCAGGUGUUUCCCAAAUAGAUUUUAAAAUAUGCUGAAGUCAAUGAGGGGACUGACCUUUUUAGGUGUUUGACUGGUCCCUUGGAUCCCAGUAAGACACGCCAGUAAGUUUUGUUGACAGCUCUUAGCUGGGGAAGAGGUGAUUAGGUCUGGGGUCUUUUCUAGAAGUUAGUGGGAAAUAGUUAUCCUCACUCAGCACACUUACUAAGUGUCACACAAAUACUACCUGCAAUCAAAAUAAUAUAAUCUUGGAAAUAUUUAGCUAUACAGUAUAUAUAACUAUUUAAAUACAAUCUCAAAUACUAUAAUGUAUAUACAGUAACUCAAAAUAUUAAUAUGAUAUGACUUGUCUGAAAGACGACGGUUGAAAAUAAUGUGUUAUAUCCCUGUUUGCAUGGUGUUUGUAACAGUAGUUUCAUAUGGUCUUACGUUUUAUUCUCGCUGAAAUCUUAUUUGAAUUGAGUAAUGCAUAAAGUGAUUUGUCCAAAGUGUAUCUUUUGAACUCAAAAUAGGUCAUUGUUUAGUCUCGGAAAACCCAGACACAGCUGGAACAUUGUUUACAUUGUGGGAGGCAACCCGCCUGGCUAGGGAGACUAGUAAUUGAUUCAAUAUGUUUUGCCUCAGUCAUCAAUUAACUACAGAAAACUUUAAAAGAUAUGGUGAUUUGGAAUAGGAAUUUUUGUGUCAACUGGGUAUCUAUGCAUUUCAAAUCUACUGUAAAACUAAAACAUAAGGCAUUUCUUGAACAUAUAUUUUGUCAGAAUACGUGCAAAGUUCAGCUGUGUCCAUCGCCAUAUCAACAGUUUGACAUGGGUGAAAAAUGUUAUCUGGGCUUGGGAGUACACUGCUGAGCCUAUUGUUGUUGCAUGAAGCUGAAGUUUCAAAUGCUGCAAUCUUCGGAAUCAAGUAGAUUCAUAGCUUUUUUGUGUGUGGAGUUAUUGGGUACAUGAGAUGACGAGUGUUGGAGCCAUCGAAGUAUAGAACUAGAAUAUCUAUGUUUUGAAAAUGGCUGUGUGUUGGCACAUGGAUGUCCGUUGUGCAGAUCAUCUGUAUGUUUGGCUACAGUAUGGUUCUUAGAUAUGUGGUUUCUAUAGACACAUAAAAUCCUCCCUUAUAACCAACCAACCUACUGAUUCACCAGCAGUGUGACUGUGGUAGUUAUUAAUAUUACAACAAAACCAGGGCUUCCACCUUUGGCAGAGGUCAGAGAGACCUUUACAGUAUGGUAUUAUAUUCACAUGUUUGAUGACUCCAUCUCUAGAAGGGGGAAGGAUGUCAGUGACAGAAUUGUUGCAGUAGAACUACCAUCCUUCAGGUGUUUCCCAAGUAUCAUGUCCCAAAUAUCAGGGCUGUCAGAGUUAACUUGAGUUAACUUUUUGUAAUUUUAGUGUACUAAUUAAUUGCAUUGUCUGGAAAUGUUCAUAAUACCUAAUAUAUAGCUAAAAACAACAAUGUGAUGUCAAAACAAGUUGACAUUGACGAUAAAGAAAAUGUGCUUUAACAAUGUACCUAAUUUUGCUUAACAUUAGUUUGGACAAAAUCAAGGUGUCAAUAUUAUUGUAAUGCUUUUUCUGUACAAAAGAAAUCUUAAAUUACUGCUCAAUUUGAGUUAAUUCUGAAUUUGCGAUUAAUCACAGCAAAUCCUGCAAUUUAAUUCGAUGAAAUGUUCUUAAUUGUUUGACAGCCCUAGAAAUAUUCACUGAGUGUACAAAACAUUAGAAACACCUUCGUAUUAUUGAGUUGCACCCCCUUUUGCCCUCAGAAAAGCCUACAUUCUUCGAGGCAUGGACUACAAGGUGUUGAAGCAUUCUACAGGGAUGCUGAACCAAGUUGAGUCCAAUGCUUCCCACAGUUGUGUCAAGUUGGUUGGAUGUCCUUGGGUGGUGAACCAUUCUUGAUACACAUGGAAAACUGUUGAGCGUGAAAAAGCCAGCGUUGCAGUUCUUGACACACUGAAACCUGUGCCCCUGGCACCUAGUAUACCCUGUUCAAAGUCACCUAAAUAUUUUGUCUUGCCCAUUCAUCCUCUGAAUGGCACACAUACUCAAUCCAUGUCUCAAGGCUUAAAAAUCUUUCUUUAACCUGUCUCCUCCCCUUCAUCUACACUGAUUGAAGUAUAUUUAACAAGUGACAUCAAUAAGAGAUCAAAUCUUUCACCUGGCCAGUCUGUCAUGGAAAGAGCAAUGUUUUGUACACUCAGUGUACAUUAGAAACCUUCUCUUGAGUAAAACAAGAUGUUAGAUAAUCUAAAUCUUUUAACAAACAGGGUGUGAUAAGGGCUCUCAAAUCCAUGUAUCCUUACCCUGUUACAUUGGACCUUUACUUGCGCAGACUACAUUGAAGUUAUGAAAGUGUUCAUCUGGAAUGCACUUCUGUUUACAACCCUGUAAAAGAACCUGAAUAAACCCCAAUUUGUUUAGACCAUUGAUUUAUUAAUUUAGAAUCCAACAUGUUAUAUUGCUGAGAGGCUAUUUGUGUCAGUCCAAAGCAGGGACAGGCUUUUCACUGUGAUAGUUCUAGCGCAAAUGUGCACAAUUGUGAAUAAUUGUGAUUGGUUUAAUGCAUGGACGUAAUGUAUACUGCAGUGUGUUUCUGCAAUUUAAUAUUCAGCAUUUUUAUAUUUAUUUUUAUUUAUUUAUUUUACAAUUUAGGUAAAGCAUUUGUGGCCACAAAAAGUACAUCACAGUGGUAAUAUAACUGCAAUGGUCUUACUGUGCACAUUUGCUCAAUAAUUCUUGAUACAUGUUGAUUUAGAUUGAAAAUGAAUCAUUAUGUCCUUAUUUAACUGAAACACUGAGUUUGCCCCCAAUACAAUUAUGUCAGCGGCUUCCAGUGUAAUCAAAAGUCACAGGGGAAAUACAACUCUAAUCAAUUAUAACCCCUGUGAAGGGCUAUUCAGUCCAAGGAAAUCUAGACACAUAAUUCUAUUCGUAGAACCUUCCUCUACAUCUGUGUCUCAAAUGACACCCUUUAUUUGCAAUGUUGGGCACUUUUGGACUUGAUCAAAAUCUGUGCACUAUAUGGUGAAUUUGAAGAAGAAAAAAAAUGCCAUUUUAUGUACAAGCUCCAACUGCUGCAUUGCACUUCCACCCAUAUUCUUCUAAAAUAACAAUUGUUUUUCAUACAGACCUAUUCUUGAUUAAGCAAGGAACUGUUUUGCUGAUUUAACUGAGGACAAUGCAAAGUGUGAGGGGGAUUUUGUAGCUUUUACUGAGAAUGGACUACUGUGUGUUCUCUGGUUUCCUAAGACUUUAGAACCUAGUAUAUGCAUGUAGAUGUGCCGUUUUCAUGACAGUAAAGUAAACCUCAACACAUUGUAUUAAUGUUGAAUAAGCCUCUUUUUUUAGAAGGUUGAAUUGUUGUGCAACCCUCAUGAUUCCUUCAUCUCAAGAAGUGUGAGCACUUAACGCAAGCAGGAGAAAAAAAACAAAAGCUAGUGUUUCUAAAUCUUCACGUAUGAUACUGUAUUUAUACUGGGUCCAUAAGAGCAUUGUAAUGCAUUUUUAAAUGUAGACCUUUAUGUAGAUCUAUGAAUAGCUAUCUUGAUUAGUAAUUGUUUUGUGUUCACAAUUUUAUGUUCCCUCUCCUAGGAACAAGAGUGAUGAUGUAGAAAAAAAUGUAGUGGCGUGUUCAGUUAUGUCAGUGUCUGCAGAGUGUGUGUGUAUGCAUGUGUUUGUUUGAGAGAGGACAUUGUAUUUAACGAAAAGAUGAAGAAUAAAGAUGGGACAUCUGUAAAUAAAACAGUAAUUAUCAAAGUAGCGCUUAGAUGUUUAAUUUGUGUGUCAAUGCAAGUUUAAUAUUUUACAGAUAUAGAACUAUGUAUUCUCUAUUGUGUUCAAUAAUGAUAUAUAAACAGUUGUUUUACUGUGUUGUUUUACCAUGUCAAAGGCGUAUACAUCAAUGGCUAAUGGUUUCCUCAAACCAUUUUAUAGAUUUGUCUGCACAAAAUGCAAUAAACUGAAGUCAUUUUAUUACAA